AUGGACGUAGUCGCCGCGGUAUCGGGAUACAUCUCCAAGAUGGUCACCGCGGGCGAUUCAACGGCUCCGGGCUCUUCAUCCUCCGCCAAAAUGAAGAUUUUGCUUCUUGACAGUGAGACAGUGCCCAUUGUCUCGACCGCCAUCACCCAGUCCGCACUUUUGAACCAUGAGGUUUAUCUCAUUGAUCGGCUCGACAAUGCGUCUCGAGAACGAAUGCGACAUUUGCGAUGCCUCUGCUUCGUACGACCAUCUCCCACUUCCAUUCAGUUCCUGAUCGAUGAACUCCGAGAACCCAAGUAUGGCGAAUACUAUAUAUACCUCAGCAAUAUCAUCCGCAAAUCCUCGCUUGAAAGGCUCGCCGAAGCUGACUCCCACGAAGUCGUUCGUGUUGUUCAGGAGCACUUCGCCGACUUCCUUGUAAUCAAUCCGGAUCUCUGUUCCCUUAACCUAGGAUACCCCCAGCAGCGCCUCUGGAGCCAGUCGCCUGACUUGUGGAACCCAGAUGCGUUACAGAGGGCCACGGAAGGAGUUAUCGCCGUACUGUUGUCCCUGAAAAAGCACCCGUUAAUUCGCUACGAGAAGAACAGCUUGAUGGCUAAGAAGCUGGCCACCGAGGUUCGGUAUCAGUUAACGCAAGAGGAACAGCUCUUCAACUUUCGCAAGACGGAUACCCCACCAAUUUUAUUAAUCUUGGACCGUCGGGAUGACCCCAUUACGCCACUCCUCACACAAUGGACCUAUCAGGCGAUGGUGCAUGAAUUGAUGGGCAUCCACAAUGGCCGAGUGGAUCUUCGAGAUGUCCCGGAGAUCCGACCCGAGUUACGGGAAAUUGUUCUGUCCCAAGACCAAGAUCCGUUCUUUAAGAAGAACAUGUAUCAGAAUUUUGGUGACUUGGGGCAGAACAUCAAGGAAUAUGUCGAACAAUAUCAAGCCAAGACUCACAGCACAAUGAACAUCGAGUCAAUUGCAGACAUGAAACGUUUCGUUGAAGACUACCCCGAGUUUCGGAAGCUCUCCGGGAACGUCAGCAAGCAUGUUACUUUGGUUGGUGAGUUGAGUAGACGUGUAGGUGAAGAGGAUCUUCUCGAUGUGAGUGAAUUGGAACAGAGCUUGGCUUGUAAUGACAACCAUGCGAAUGACCUCAAGAAUCUUCAAAGACUCAUACAAUUAUCCAAAGUGACGGCUGAGAGCAAAUUACGACUAGUGGCAUUAUAUGCCAUUCGGUAUGAAAAGCAGCCAAAUAAUGCUCUGCCAAUCCUUCUUGACUUGCUGGUGACUGCGGGUGAUGUUCCUUCGUACAAAGUCAACAUUAUCCCUAAGUUACUCGCCUAUCACCAUUCCCUACAGGCGCCUCCUGUUGCUGGUGGCUUUUCAGACUUGUUCGAGUCGACCUCCUUGUUCUCCGGUGCACGGGAUCGUUUCAAGGGAUUAAAAGGUGUAGAGAACGUCUACACGCAACACUCUCCCAGGUUAGAAGCCACUCUUCAGAACUUGAUCAAAGGUCGAUUGCGGGAACUACAAUAUCCUUUUCUUGAAGGUGGGGGCCAUACUCGGGAUAAGCCUCAAGACAUUAUUAUCUUUAUGGUUGGUGGCGCAACCUAUGAAGAAGCCAAAAUGGUCGCCCAAGUCAACGCUAGUUCGCCUGGUGUGCGGGUUGUUCUGGGUGGCACAGCCAUCCACAAUAGCACAAGCUUCUUGGAAGAAGUCAAUGAUGCUGUGAGCGGCUGGCCUGAGCCCGGUCCCUCGACUGCCGCUGGACGGCUGCAGAGGGCAAUUGGGCAUUAGCCAUAGACUUGGCGGUCGUCUCAGUAAUAUAUCCAUUUUCAUUUCAUUUCUUUUCUUUUCUUUGUUUCUCCCUUCAAAUUCUUCUUUGACUGCUACAAUGCACUACGUAUCCUUGUCUUAUUACUGUGGGAAUCUGGCAGUCAAGAUCUGGUAACCAUACAGCUGAGCUAGGAUGUCAUGGUGAGAAGAAUCAUGACAAAGAAAACCAAGUAUCUGAGAUAGUUGCGUCUACCUGGAAUAAGGUCAAUGUGAUGAACCUGCAAUGCUAG